CCCAACUCUUCCGUUUUCUGUGAUCAAUUAACAAGCUACUUAAACUUUUGUUACGAUGUCUGUUGUGCCUUGGAGACAAUUGAUAUUCGCCCCGAUCGAUUCUCGUCCCCACACCUUAAACAACCACUUCGUAGAAAGGAGCGUGUCUUCAAAAUACAUGAGCACGAAGAGGUGCGCUCCCUUUCUAAAUCCAUCCGGGCUGAACUUCGAAGGCUAAACUCUUUAUACGCCCGUGCUCAGCUAGAGAACAAAGGUAGUCGUGAGACCUGGCAAGCCCUCAUGCGGAUUUCUGGCAGCAACUCCUCACACCGCUCACCUGCUGCUGUGGCCAUAGAUGGUCUGAAUCAGAGUUUCAUCAACGGUGGAACCGCUCUCACUGCUCUACCUAAUAGAUAUGAAAUAAACACCACNAAGGUGUUUGAAAGGCUCCUCCUUAAGACCCUGUCCACACAAUUCAAUGUUGUUGACCCGAACCAGUNAGAGAACAAAGGUAGUCGUGAGACCUGGCAAGCCCUCAUGCGGAUUUCUGGCAGCAACUCCUCACACCGCUCACCUGCUGCUGUGGCCAUAGAUGGUCUGAAUCAGAGUUUCAUCAACGGUGGAACCGCUCUCACUGCUCUACCUAAUAGAUAUGAAAUAAACACCACUGAUCCCGUCUCCAGCGUUGCACCUGUCGAUAUUUAUCAAGAGUUGGCUCAAUUAAAUCCUCACAAGUCCUGCGUCUCAGACGGAGUCCCACCCGCUGUCCUGAAGGAAUGUGCUGCCUUCCUUUCCCCUAUACUGGGUGAACUUUUCAAUGAUUGUAUUUUGUAG